UGAUAAAAGUGACGAACAGAAAUGGCGACUGGUACGAUGAGAACCGUACCCUUUAUUCGUAAUUUCUUAUUUUGGUUCAUACUACUAGCACUUUACCAGAAUUAUGCUUGCGAUAAAGUGCCUCGAAAAUAUCUGCAAACCGACUUAUCAGCGUUGGAAAGCAGUUUUUCAGUACCUAUUUCAGUUCCAGCUCCGAGCAAAGGAAAUGACACGACGCUCGAACCAGACAUGGGAGGAGCGGCAUUAAACCGAUCGGUCGUGCCGUUGGAUGAGAGCAAGAAAAGUUUUUCUAAGCUAAAACUUUAUCAGGAGCAAUUGAAUGGCAAAAAAGCUCCAUCAUUGGCGGGUGCAUUGAAUAUAAACGAUGAAACUACUCAUUUGCUAGGAUUUAAUGGUACAGGCCAGCGAAAAGAAUACGCAAUCGAAGGAGACAGUGUUAAUAAAAUUACGCUAAAUAGUACGACAAAGUUGUUGGGAGUGGCUGGACUUAAUACGUCGCUAUUGCAAGAAUCUUCUGGACGUGACCCAAUCAGUGAUGCAAUCAACAUUGAUACGAUCGAACGCACUGAGGCUGAAUUGAACAAUACACUACAGGAACAUAACAUAACCAAGACGUUUGAGGAUAACCAUCUGUACUACAAGAGCACAUGGUCGACCGAUAAAGUCAUGAGUGACGAAUUUUGGAAAAAAAUAUCUACUAACUUAACCGUCAAUAUGCUGCUUUCCAAUUCCCAUCGCCGAGCGACAACUAUGCUUUUGUCGUUCGAUUUUCCAUUUUAUGGUUUUCCCAUUCGAAAUAUUACAAUUGCGAGCGGAGGCUUCUUAUACACGGGAGACUACGUGCAUUCGUGGUUGGCAUCAACACAGUAUAUAGCUCCUUUAAUGGCAAACUUUGAUACAGCAUUGUCCAAUAGCUCACAUGUGAAAUAUCGUGAUGAUGGUGAAACCUUCAUCGUAGUUUGGGAAAACGUUAUACUUCAGGAUCGUCCAAACAAUGGCACUUUUACCUUCAGUGUAACGUUGAACAAAUCUGGUGAUAUUGUGUUUGCCUACAAGAAAAUUCCAAUUAGUAUCCAGCAGAUAUUUGAAAACCCCCUUACGAAAAACCACCCGGUAAAGAUAGGGCUUUCCGACGCGUACAUAAUUGACAAAACAAUAAUGCGUACGAAACAGAAAACCAUCUACGAAUAUCAUCGUGUGAAUUUUGGACAAACUGAAGUACAAAAUGAUACCAUUAUUACGUUAGCAGCACUACCUACAUGCUUCACAUUCAAAGAUUGUGAAUCUUGCAUCGCUCACGAGGGAGCUGAUUUUGUGUGCGUAUGGUGUCCAACAAUUAACCGAUGCUCCACUGGUACGGAUCGGAAGAGACAAGACUGGGUGAAUAAAGGAUGUGAAACAACAUUGAUUUCGCAAGCUUUAUACUGUCCGGCAAUUGGUCAAAAAGGUAAUAACUAUGGCGAAUUCGUGGAAGUUACAACCAGGACUGCUCCUAACAGAUACAAUAGCACCAACAACAUUCGAGAUAAUCAACAGUCCGACCAAAAUCGGAAACUCGACCAAAGUGGUACUUCUAGUGGUGUAAUGCUAAAUGGAACCGAUACUUAUAGAGGUUCCAAAAAGGACGAUUUUGUCAACAAAGCGCAUAUAUACCAUACAUCGGACAUGCACAGUGAGUCCAGUAAUAAGUUGCUAGCUUCAAUGCUGGUUAUCUUCGGGAUUUUGUUAGUGUCCGGCUGUUGGGUACUAUAUGCAUACCGAAACCCCCAUACAAAGAGUGGUCAGCUGUUAAUUAGGAUUAUAAAAUCUAAAAAGUAUCGUCCUAAUAAAUGGUUAUGGCGACGUGGCGAGGCACGCUAUACUGCAGCUUCCAUCCACAUGUGAGAAUGUGACUUACGUUGAGCCCCGCCCCCGGUGUCCAUGAAAUACUCCGUCCAUUUCAUCUUGUCACGCAUUACCUUCAUUUACAUUCAUUAAUGUUUUGUCCAAUUGUACGUGUCUUAGCAAAACUUCAGAAUAAUAAUUAGUGUUUAGCUUGUUAUUUUACUAUCUUAGAUGGUUUUAAUUUCAAUUUAACAGAUUGAACACAGCUAAAAGCAAUCUCAUGGCUUAACACAUUGUAACACACAAGGCGCAAGAUAGAUUGAUGAUUGUUGACGAUAGCAUAUAUUAUUUUCUGUGGCGAUUUUUAUGUCUUUUUUUUAAUUCGAAAACAACUUCAUACAUUAGAACAAGCGACAAAGUAAUUGAAAUAUUUAUGAAUAAUUUGCUAAUUUGCGGAGCCACUCUAAAUUAUGUGAUAUCUGCAAAGUCAAUGUGUUAAGAUCCGUUCAUACUUAAAACCAUUACAACUUCGUGUCGGUUUCAUAUUUAAGUAAACACAUUUCAUGCAAUAGUGUUUCAAGAAAUCUCGUGUGUUAGUAUCGAAGAAAUAACAAGCUCAACUCUUGGUACAGUUUUGUUUUGCAAUCAAAAUUAUUUUUAUCAAAACUGAUUGAUAUUGUUCAUAAUAUACUAAAGAAAGCAGCUACAGCAUAAUGAGUAACACAAAAUGUGGUUUUGUUACCGUUUUCGAUGCAUUCGACAUAAAUUUCUGUUAUCAAAGCAACAGUAUAGAAUUUCUUGAGCAAGAAAUUACAAGUGCAGUGAAAUGAAUUGAAAUGAGAAAAAAUCGUCUAACAUUUUUAAUACCAUUGUGCAUAAUAUAUCGUUAAAUUGUUAUUAAAUCGUGGUAAAAAAGGAGUGGAUAAAGUUUGAUGAAUUUUUGGUUUGGAAACGUAUGCAUAAUUUUAAUUUCUUUAUACUUUUAUUUAAACAAAAAUCAAAGCGCAAUGUCAAGAAACCGUCCGAUUCCAAGUGGUAGAAAGGUGCAAUAAAACAUAUUAUAAUUACUAUUGAAUUAUUGAAUCAAAAGGAGUUAGUUCAAGGUAAUGGAAAUAGAUGAAACAAUUUCACCUGAAGUUCUGUUUUGUACAUGCAAAGAAGCUAGCUUAUCGUUCUAUUAUUCUCAUUCCCAAGUAUAUGAACUAAAAAAAAUCAAACAAGCAGUUAUAGCUAACCAUAGGUUAUUCAAAAUGUAUGAAAACAGAAAUUAUAAAAAUAGCUACAGCAUGUCAGAGUACCAUGUCAAUUAUAGGAAAUUAUAAUUUGCUGCUCAAUUCUCGCAUGCGAACACUACGCACUUGUAAAUGCUCCAUGUGAGGCGAAUUGAAAAAAGACAGAAUUGAAACAUUUGCAAAGACAAAAGAAAAAAGACGUAUUGUUGAAUACUUAGUUUGUUCGUUAUGAAGAAGAAAAAGGUAUCAAGAAAGAAAGGUAUCGUGCCGCUAGAAACACUUUUGGUAACUAAAGUUCAUGUGACGCAAAUUUGGAAAUUUAUUUCAAAUGUAGGUCGUGCAAAUCGUAAGUGCCUUAUGAGGAGAUGGCAAUUAAAAUGUAAUACUCAGACGCAUGAAAUACACACAGCAAUUUACGAACAAAAAUUCUGAAGCAAAAGACUCCGAACAUGAGCUUCAACAAAACCAACAUAAAUAUAUUAUAUAUUGCAUUGAACAAGAUGUAUGCUAGUUAAUAGUAUCAUAUGAAUGGCAAUCAUUAUUAACGUCAUCAUGAAAUAAAUCUUCA